AAAGGAAAAGCACUCUGACGACCAGUACGAUCAGCUGUUGGUUGGCUAUUGUUUUUAUUCUGUGUUGUAGAAAAUCUGAAUAUGGAAAAAAUAUUCAUUGAGCAUCCCUGGGAAGAUGACGAUAGAUCCUCUGUUAAUGAAUUUAAUUUCAAAUUUGUCAAAGAAAAGGUUUCUAAAGCCAGUGUAAGUAAACGAGCAAAUAAGUUGCAAAAUUCAACACCAGGAAGAUUUGUACGAGCACCUUCUGAAGAUGUCCAAGAAACGCCGAAUAAAAUUCAACCAUCAAACCGUAAAAGGAAAGCUACUCAACCGACAAAAUCGCUUCAUGAUGAAGCUGGACACGCGAAGCAAAAGAAACAAAAAGAAGUUGCAAACGUCGGGCAACCGAAACCAUCCGAUAAACAACUGAAUGGUAAAGGUACAGCUUCCAGCAAAGAGGUUAGUCUUCGGGAAAAACUUGUCGAAAGUCUAAAGGGAUCUCGGUUCAGAUUCCUAAACGAGCAGUUGUACAAAUCAACCGGUGAGGUUUCUAGGAAAAUGUUUCUGGAAGAUCCUGAAGCUUUUCGGGCUUACCACGACGGCUACCGGCACCAGAUUGCCCAAUGGUGUGUGAAUCCGCUGGAUCGAAUCAUCAAAAGCAUUCAGAAGCUACCGAAAAACUUCGUCAUUGCGGAUUUCGGUUGCGGUGAAGCUCGUUUGGCCGAAGAAGUACCACACAAAGUCUAUUCUCUCGAUUUAGUUGCUGCAAACAAGGGUGUAAUAGCGUGCGAUAUGGCCCAAACUCCUUUAGAAACCAAUUCAACAAACGUUGUAGUGUUUUGCUUGUCUUUGAUGGGGACCAAUCUGAGGGAUUUUUUAUUAGAAGCAAACAGAAUUAUGAAAGUCGGUGCCCUACUAAAAAUUGCCGAAGUUUCAUCCCGUUUUGACAACGUAAAGGAAUUUAUCGAUUGCGUACACAAGUGUGGCUUUUUGCUAGAUUCCAAAGAUCUUAAGCACAAGCUGUUUUAUUUUUUCAACUUCAAAAAAGUUCGUACGGUAGACAAACAGUCAUUGAAAGGUAAGCACUUUAGUCUUAAACCAUGCCUUUACAAGAAGAGGUAA